AUGGGUUCUCCAGCUGUUUCAGUCGUUGGCAAACGUCAGACCAUUGCCUGUCACGAGUGUUGUUCUUCAAAUAACUGUAACAACAAACUUUGUGAACACAGCAAGCCGUCUGCCUGCGUUGACUCGGUAACAGUGGAUUGCGCGUUGCUGCAUUCUUUAUUCAACGUGUGUUCCGACGUUCAGCAUGCUAAAAGCGUUUGUCCAAGAUUUUGUGGACUUUGUAGUCUAGUUGACGGAGACUGGGCAACCUGGGGUGCGUGGUCUGGUUGUGACGUCACAUGUGAAAGCGGGACGCAGGUGCGCAUACGCACAUGCACCAAUCCAGAACCAGCAAACGGCGGAGUUAAUUGUGUGGGGGAUAGUACCCAGUAUAAACAGUGCACAAAACAGCUAUGUCCUGUUCAUGGCGGAUGGAGUGGAUGGUCAGACUGGAGUCUUUGCUCAGCCACGUGUGACGUUGGUAUGUCCCAACGAAAGCGUUCCUGUACCAACCCCAAACCCUCCCGCGCAGGAGACUACUGUCAGGAUGUGCCACAGCAAUUCAAGAUAUGCAGUUCUAGUCCAUGUUCCAGUGAACAGGUGGCCUUCAACGCUCACGGCAACCAGGUACUGACUGGAAAUAUCAUCACCUUUACAGCAGUCAUCCUGAACGAAGGGAACGCGUUCAAUAAGACAACAGGACUUUUCACGGCGCCUUCCAGUGGAAACUACUUCUUUUCCGUACAAUUAUGUGUACAAAGCCGACAAAGUAUUUAUUUUAACAUCAGGAAAGGCAAUACGGACAUGUCUUCAAUUACGUUCCUCACCUCAGCCUAUGAUUAUGGUUAUAAUAGUAACCCAUGUGGCACCUCACCUGUUGUCACCAAACUCCAGGCGGGUGACCACGUGUGGGUUUACAUGUAUAGUGGUUCAGCGUAUAUUUCUGAAUCAGGAACAAGCUGGUGGUGUUCCUUCACCGGCUCACUUCUCCACUAG